CGCAGCCACCGUCCGGUCCAGGGGAGCUCGGGGGGACACUGAGGAGCUCUCUGGGGCCAGGACAGGUCGCAAGAACUCGGCAGUUUGACAGAGAACCCUCCCAUAGCCGGAAGGGCAGGGUCGAAGACAGAGGAGAGGCGAAGAGUAGGCGGGCAGGGCGGCAGGGAAGCAGGCCGGCGGGGCGAGGGACCUACCGCCCCGCUCCUGCCCGCGGGGUCUUACAGCGGCACUCCGGGAUCGAUCCCGACUCCGGUUCCGCGGGGACCCGCCCCAGAAUCCGCCCCCAGAGGCGGGAACUACCCGGGGCAAUGUGGCAGAUCACUGCCCGCUCCCUGCGCCGGGCCAGUUCCCGCAGCUGGCAGAGGCGACAGCCCUGGCCCGGCCCCGCGCCUGCAGCCCCACGGUGCCGCAGCCCCGCGUGGACCCCCGGGACAGCCUCUGCCCAUGGACUCGCCUCCAUGGCCCCCUCCAUCCGCCUCUCGCCCGCCACCCGCAGCCUCUUCGAUGAGCCGCUGGCCAUCGCUGUGCAGGGCCUCGGCCCGCGGCAGCAGGUCACACUGAGGACAUCCUUGCGGGAUGAGAAGGGGGAGCUCUUCCAGGCCAGUGCCCGCUACCAGGCGGGGGACGACGGGGAGCUGGACCUCGCCCGCUGUCCUGCGCUGCCGGGAGGCAGCUUCUCUGGCCUGGAGCCCAUGGGGCUGCUCUGGGCUUUGCAGCCCCAGAGGCCCUUCUGGCGGCUGGUGAAGCGGGACGUUCAGAGCCCCUUCCUCCUGCAGCUGGAGGUGUUUGAGGGCCACGGGAAGCCUCCAGGGCGGCUCCUGGCCCAGGCGCAGCACGAGCGGGCGUUCCUGCGGGACGGGGUGCGGAGAGUCCCGGUGCGAGAGGGGAGGAUCCGGGCGACGCUUUUUCUGCCCCCCGGAAAUGGCCCCUUUCCGGGAAUUAUUGACUUAUAUGGAACUGGAGGAGGACUCCCUGAAUACAGGGCAUGCCUGCUGGCCAACUAUGGCUUUGCUGUGCUGGCUCUGGCUUACUACAGCUAUGAAGAUCUCCCCAAAGAGAUGAAGGAAUUCCACCUGGAAUAUUUUGAAGAAGCUGUAAACUACAUGUUACAACACACCCAGGUUAAAGGUCCAGGAAUUGGGUUGCUUGGAAUCUCAAAGGGUGGUGACCUGUGCACCUCCAUGGCCUCCUUCCUAAAGGGCAUCACGGCCACUGCCCUUAUCAACGGCUCAGUGGCAAAUGUGGGUGCAGUGCUCCGCUACAAGGACAUCACCAUUCCACCUCUUAAUAUCAAUUUGAAACGCAUCAAGGUCAGCAAGUCUGGGAUUGCUGAUAUUUUUGAUAUAUUGAACAACCCACUAGAAGGGCCUGACCAGCAAAGCUUUAUCCCUUUGGAGAAGGCCGAGUGUCGCUUCUUGUUCAUUGUUGGCCAGGAUGAUCGUAACUGGAAAAGCGAAUUCUUUGCAGUUGAGGGGAGCAAACGUUUGCAAGCUCAUGGGAAGGAAAAGCCUGAGAUAGUCUGUUAUCCUGGAGCAGGGCACUACAUUGAACCUCCCUUUUUCCCAAUGUGUGCAGCCUCAAUGCACCUGCUAGUUGGCAAACCUGUCGUGUGGGGAGGGGAGCCCAAGGCACACUGUGAGGCACAGAUAGAUGCUUGGCAGCAGAUCCAAGCUUUCUUCCGGAAACACCUCACAGGCAAGCCAUCUGGAACAUCCAGUAAUCUGUGAUGUGAAGUAGAUUACAGAUGAAGAUGCUGGUGUCUCAAGAUUGCUUUGUUAAAUGGCUCAGAAUGAGAACAAGGAACAUCAGAGAAUAAGCUAUUGGGUUUCCUGGAGGAUGACAGCGGGUGAAAGCAUGAAAGCUGCUUUGUUUUUACACCCUCUUCUAACCUUGGUUAGAGGUUCUUAGCCUCCUGCUUUGUGCAGUAUAGGAUUAAAAGCUGUGGAAGACAAAUGUGGUAA